AUGCGCUCCUCUCCACCUCCCACACCCACAGACGGUCAUUCUAAUACGUACCGGUUAAUACAUGGAUAUGCAGCGCUAAGGAUAAACUGUAACAAAGGGUCCGCAUGGUAUAUAAACUCGUCCGUGGAUCAUCUUCUCAGUUCGCUUCGCGUCUUCGCUCAUAACAGCAAUAUGAAUUACCAUCAGUUAAUGAAAGCGCUACUGGUGCUAUCGUGUCUCGCUAGCAAUGCACUUGCUGGAUUGCUGCCGGGUGGCAGCGCCGGUGGAAGUGGUUACCAGUACAACAGACCAGGUGGAGGUGGUUUCGGUGGCCCUGGAGGAUUGCCCGGAGACUUGAGCGGUGGAAGAGGCGGUGAUUUUGGAGGAAGUUUGAGAGGAAGGCCUAACGCGUUGUACGGUGCACCGGGAGCUGGGGGUGACGGUGGAUUCGGUGGACGUCCCUCCACUGCUUAUGGAGCUCCUGGACAAUUUGGAGGUGGCGGUGGUGGUGGUGGAUACCAAGGUGGUUCAGGCGGUGGUUACGGUGGCGACAAUGGAAGACCUCAACCCUAUAGUUUCCAAUAUGAAGUAUACGAUCCCCCAAGUGGCAAUGAUUAUUCUCAACGGGAGAGCAGUGAUGGCAAUGUGGUUCAAGGAGAAUACAGAGUGCUGUUACCUGAUUCGAGGACACAAAUUGUAAAAUACAUGGCUGAUGAUGCGAAUGGAUACACCGCUGAUGUUCAGUAUGAAGGACAGGCCCAAUUUUCUCGAGGAGGAGCCGGAGGUGGUGGGUACCCAGGUGGAGCUGGUGGGUACCCAGGUGGGGCUGGUGGGUACCCAGGUGGGGCUGGUGGGGCUGGUGGGUACCAAGGAGGCGCAGGAGGCGCAGGAGGCUAUCAAGGUGGUGCAGGUAGAGGCGUCUAUGGAGCUCCUGCUGAUGCAGGAAGCAAUCAAUAUUUACCGCCCCGUAAAUAAUCGGCUACAUCACGCAUCGUCAUCAAAACCUGACAUAUCUCCCUGAUGUUGGGCGACAACCGUCACGGACCUCCCUCGUUUAUACAGCUCUUUUUUUUUUUUUUACUUUUUUACCACUCAAAUAACACUUACACCAUUCAGUCACAUGCACAUUUAUGUAUAAUCACUCACUGGUAUUUAACGAUAUAUAUAUACUGAUUAAGAUAAUUUAAUGAUUUUCUACGUGUAUUUAUAAAUAUGCGUAACUAUUAUAUGUAUACGUUAAUUUUGUACAUGGUAACUUUUUGUUUUAUUAUCAAACACGUACGCUUUUACUUUCCGCUAAGCGAUCGUCGAACUUAUAUAUUUGUAUACGUAUUUAUACAAGCUUUAUUGUAAUACAUGAAUUAAAUACUCUUUCUAUUUAA